CACUCAACGGUUUGAACAGUCGGCCUUUGUAGGGUACAAAGCGAGCCGUGCGGCCCUGUAGGCAUAUGACCGGGUGCCCGCCCCGGUUUUCCUAAAUGAAAGCAGACGACGUCACAACCGGGCUGUGGGAAUCUUUUAGUGUAUUGUUAAGCCCCAGAGGAGGUUACGUUGAGGGGGGAGGUUCUACUGGGGGAGGUUCUGCGCAUGCGCGCCACGGGUUGUUUUUGGCGGGGUUUGGUCGCUGCGCAGAGCCUUCUCCGGUAGCGGCAUUCCGGUGCGGCUGGUUUUAAACACGUUCUCGUUGGGAAAGGGCCGCACUGUGUACGACAAGUUACAAAGGAAGUCCGGCUUACACCAGGUACUCGGAGUACUUCAGUCUCUGUGCCUUUUCCGGCUCAACCCCUAUCCGACGUAGAUAAUGGACGUCACUGAGGCUCCUACAGAGGAGAGAGAGAAUAGCAGUAACAACAUGGGAAAAAAGAACCCCAAAGCGUCCGACGGCUCCUCUUCCUCAGAAGAAGAAGAAUAUGUGGUCGAAAAAGUUCUUGAUCGAAGAGUAGUUAAAGGACAAGUAGAAUAUCUCCUUAAAUGGAAGGGGUUCUCAGAAGAACACAACACAUGGGAGCCUGAAAAGAACCUGGACUGCCCAGAGUUGAUCUCUGAAUUUAUGAAAAAGUACAAGAAGGGUAAAGAGGCUGAACCCAAAGCCAAGCCAGAAGCCCCCAAAAGAAAAGCCGGAAGUGAUGACAUUCGACCAAAAAGGCAAAGAAGAGAGAGCAAUGACAUUGCACGAGGAUUUGAAAGGGGACUUGAGCCUGAAAAGAUUAUUGGUGCUACAGAUUCCUGUGGUGAGCUCAUGUUCUUAAUGAAAUGGAAAGAUUCUGAUGAAGCAGAUCUGGUACUAGCAAAAGAAGCCAAUGUGAAGUGUCCACAGAUAGUAAUUGCAUUUUAUGAGGAGCGAUUGACUUGGCACGCUUACCCGGAAGACACAGAAAACAAAGAAAAAGAAGCUGUGAAAAGCUAAACUGCCCUUUUUAUGUGUAUGUGUGUGUGUGUAAUAUACCUCCCCUCAUGUAAACUUCUACACACACAUUCUCCCCACACUUCUGUCCACCCUGGUCCAAGUGUUAUCAAGAGGGGGAGGGAGUCUUGCCUUUCAUAGGUUAUUUUUUAUGUCCCCUUAACCUCGAAACACUCCAAGUGGCAUUUGCACAAGAUUUGACUGCCAUACGUUACAAGAUGGGGCAGUCAUGGCAUAUUUCCCACUCGUGGAAGAAAGCACUGUAGACUGCUUGCCAAGUGCUGCUAAACUUUCUCUAACAUUUCUGUGAUUGUGAGGAAGAUCUGCAGUGGUGGGUGAGGGUUUUAUAUCAGUAAAUGGUUACAGUUUCUGGUAAGUACAGUCGGCAUAAAUUGUGAAAGGACCUCCCUCAGUUUCUAGUGACCAACUAUAUACUGUACUAGGAAGGGAACGUUGCUGCUUUCUCCCGUUCUUGGACGCUUGUACUUUGAGGGAGAAGACUUUUGUGUUUUAAUUUUUUUUUUUUUUAAAUCUAUCUGUAUCUACCUUGAUCUGGGUCUCUCUGCAUAUUACUUGUUUUUAUAUCUGAAGAUAUUUGCUAAGAAAAAAACAAAAAACAAGGAACUUCUCAAGUGGCAAGUGCAUCAACUCCGGGAGUAUUUAUAUAUUCAUAUCCAAAGUGUUAGUGAAAAAAAAAAAUAAUAAUCACGAGCGUGUGUGGGUCCCACCACCUGCACUUUAAAGAAGACCUCAUUAGUCAUUUGUAUGGAGGUGUUACGAGACUGUGUGGCUUUCGUAUGUGUUGUUCACUCAAUGUGCCAUAAUCCGUAAUAGUGAGGCCAUGCAGUAUUGAUCCCAAGUACAUUGCUGAAGUGAUGCUUGUUAGCGUUUUAUAUACAUACCAGGAUACACUGUUUCCAUCUGUAAUAAAUUGAAACCACCUUGCGGGUUUUGAUACAAAUUUUCUUAAAGGGGAAAAUCCAAAUGACACCUUUCAGUUAUGUCAGUGAUAACAUGGAUUUAUGUAUAGUACAGUAAAAGAAACCUUUUCUUUUAAUGAGCUUGAUGUUUUUUAUGCUAGAGAUCUGCAAAACGUAACUGAUUGUAUUUUAGUUUCUGUGGUUGUAGUGCAAGAUUACUUUUUUUAAAUGAAGGUCAUUUUUCAUUGUAUGUAUAACUUCUAUAUUUUAUGUUAUAAAAUACCCGAUAGAUGAAAUGAAUUUGCUAUAGAAGAAAGACUACUUACAUUUGACCAUGACUCAUAGGAGAAACUGCAAUGAAAUGUUCCUUGCUAUUGACUAAAGUCCCCUUCCCACAGCCCUGAUGAGGAACGAAUGCUCCUAUGGACGUUCCUUCCCGGUCACUGGCUGCUUUUUAGCAACAUUUACAUGCAGCAAUGAUUAGAGCUUGAAUGAUCUUUACUACGACAGUUUCUCCCAAUGCCGUUUCUUUAUUUGCUGGUGAACAAUCAUUUGUUCUUUGGGUGAAUAAACAUGAGGCAAUUAUCGGGAACGAGUGUUCAUACCAACGCUCAUCCCCAUUUAUUGGCUGGAGUCCUCGGACUGUUUCAAAGGACCUUAAAAGGAUUUCCUGUCUUGAUGUUUAUGGCAUAUUGAUAGGAUAUACCAGAAAUGUCCUAUAGCAGCGGGUCCCAAAGGUAGGAACUGCACCUAUCUCAAGACUGGGUGCCUGCCAUGAAUAGAGAGGAGCCUGUGCAUGUUUGGCUUUCUCCAUUCACUGCUGUGGGACUUCUGAAAAUAAGCAUGCCUGGGUGUUAUAUCCUAUUGAUAUGCCAUAUAUGCGCAGAUGGGACAAAGUUGAAUCAAAUCCCUUGAUAAGGCGAUCCUCAGUUCAAGAAAGAAAAAUCUCAUCAAGGAGCAUGGCCAUUGUGAAUAAUACACGCAUUG